AUGUGGGACAAUCAAUUUGUGAAGACAUAUGGAUCCCUGUGCUUCACUUAUCCGCCCGUCCGGGAGGCAAUCGUCGCAUUCGAGCUUCUAGAGCAAUUUGGCUCGUCGCCGGUCGCUCUAGCACGAGUGUCGUCCGCUCUGAGCAUUUUUCAGAGCCGACUGAGAGGGUCCGUCGAGACCAACAACGAUAUACUGCUGGCAGCAGGAUUUUUGAUGUGUCAUGUUGCCAUGAAAGCGGGUUAUAAAUGGACAGGUCACUUGAAGGGCUUGCUUUCUAUUGCUCUCGCAUGCCAGGACCCUCAGCCGAAUAUCGAUCGUCUGGCCGGGCUGGACAUGGAUAUUUGGCUCAUCGGUCGGAGUUCGGACUCCCUGCACGUCUGGUCUACAAUGUGUUCGGGACGAAGUGGCAUCGAUUCAAAUACCAAUCUCCCGCGGACCCUGUUGGAUUUGCUUGCGUCGGCAGUCUCGGGCGCAGACAUCUUCCGGCGACUAGAAGCGUGGCAACCUGACUAUUCGGUUGUAAGAACCACGUUGCCAUCAUGCACACUCGAGAUUUGGCAUGCGUACCGACUGGCAGCUCAACUGUGGGUUUCAGCACCACAGUUACAUCCCAGCCAGCUCCAAGAUUCGGCCCACACACACAUUCUGGAUCGGUUGUGGCAGAUCGUGGAGGGUUAUUGGCUCCAUUGCAAGCGAAUUUUGUCGGAGAAUCAACGCCAGGUCAUUUGGCCUAUAAUCGUCGCAUCAUGCUUGACGGAGGAAGAUACGAGACGCGCGUUCGCCGAGGACGUGCUCUCGGAGCUUUUUCCGAGCGAGGCCGCAUUUUGUCCCUCGAACCUCAAAUCUCUGAUGCAGGAGCUGUGGUCGAGACGGCGGCAGGGGAGAUAUACCACCCUGGACAGCCUUGCUCGCGAGUGGAAGGUCGAGCUGGGGAUUUGGUAG